AUGCAGAACGGCACAGAAGGAAGCAACUUCUACAUUCCCAUGUCCAACCGGACUGGGCUUGUAAGGAGUCCUUUUCUAUACCAACAGUACUACUUGGCACCUCCAUGGCAAUACUAUGGUCUUGCUGUCUACAUGUUCUUCCUGAUCUGCUUUGGAUUCCCCAUCAACGGGCUGACCUUGUAUGUCACAGCCACAAACAAGAAGCUUCGGCAACCCCUUAACUUCAUCCUGGUCAACUUGGCUGCAGCUGGAAUGAUAAUGGUCCUCUUUGGAUUCACCAUCACCAUCACAUCUGCUGUCAAUGGCUACUUCAUCUGGGGACCAUUGGGCUGUGCUAUUGAGGGCUUCAUGGCUACACUUGGAGGUGAGGUUGCCCUGUGGUCUCUGGUAGUGCUGGCUGUCGAGAGAUACAUUGUGGUCUGCAAGCCCAUGGGAAGCUUCACGUUCACUUCCACCCAUGCUGGUGCUGGUGUUGCAUUCACCUGGAUAGCUGCUAUGGCUUGUGCUGCUCCCCCACUGCUUGGAUGGUCCAGGUACAUCCCAGAGGGCAUGCAGUGCUCAUGUGGACCUGACUACUACACCUUGGCCGAAGGCUUCAACAAUGAAUCAUAUGUGAUUUACAUGUUCAGCUGCCACUUCAUCAUCCCAGUCUGUUUGAUCGCCUUCACUUAUGGAAGUCUUGUCCUCACAGUCAAGGCGGCUGCAGCUUCCCAGCAGGACUCAGCAUCUACCCAGAAAGCUGAGAAGGAAGUCACUCGUAUGUGCGUCCUGAUGGUUUGUGGUUUCAUGAUCGCCUGGACCCCCUAUGCCACCCUCGCUGCCUACAUCUUUUUCAACAAAGGAAUUGCCUUCAGUGCCCAGUCCAUGGCUAUACCUGCCUUCUUCUCCAAGAGUUCAGCCUUGUUCAACCCCAUUAUCUAUGUGUUGAUGAACAAACAGUUCCGUGGCUGCAUGCUGGCCACUGUAGGGAUGAAAGCAGAAGAAGAUGAGACUUCUGUGUCAACAAGCAAGACAGAAGUGUCUUCUGUGGGCCCUGCAUAG